AUGGGCAGCAGGAGUGAGCUGCAACACCUGUCGCCUUGUGCUUCAGUUGCAACAGCGCUAAACGACGACAGUGACGACGAUGAUAUCCAUAAUGAUGACCGUGAUAGUGACGACGGAAAAAGGACAGCCUCACACACGCAAAGCACUAGAUCAUCGACCAAGCGAGAAAGCCCAAAGGUAGUUUUAGGAAGAAGCAGGACGAAAGCAGUUCAGCACUUUCUCCUGUUCCAUGUUAUCCCGAUAGCCGGAGCCGUGGGUCUCAUCGUCUUGAAUAUAACUACGAAAUUCUAUACCGCAGACCCGGCUUGGAUACCACUCCUGCAGUUCGUUGCGAAAGUGCACGAAUCGCUAAUUGUGCUUUCAAUUGUCGUUGCCAUGCUCACAUACCUUCAAUACCUCCUCAUUCAUAGACAAGCGGUACCCUUCGGAUCAAUCUUCUUUGCCCAUCAAAUGACCCAUAUGGGCUAUCUCUUUUCCCCAGAAUUUCGGGCCACCUUGACGGCACCCGAAUUCCCACUAUCUAUGAAGGUUGUCUUUGCAAUUGCGGUCAUUUUCAGUAUUCUAUUAGCCUCCGUUGUUGGGCCUUCAAGUGCCAUUGCAAUGCAGCCAAGAAUGACAAACUACUCACUACCAGAUUGGAGCGGGUUUGGUGUCAAUGCUUCCAGCGACUAUCUAUUCCCGAAGGUGCUCAAUAAUGACACCCGCCUUCCACCUUUCUGGGAGGGAGUUGAGGGCCUUAUUAUACCCCCAGUAACGUCUACGGCCAUAGGCGAGACCUCCCAAGUUGGUGUUCAAUAUCAGACCAAUAGUGACGGUCAUCAGAUAAUGGUUAUGCCAAUCUUAUAUCCUUCAACAAUAUUAGAACGUUCGUCGGCUUUGGAUCCCUUUUUGUACAAUUACGCAAUAGGAUCAAGGACCAUGUACCUGCAAUAUGCCCCUAACGCAACAAUUGCAACCAUCCCACAGAUAUUUGCUACGUCUUCUUUACUUCGGGCCUAUAAUUAUUUCCCUGGUCAACCAACCGGAAAGUUCUUCCCUUCAAUCAUCAGUGCCAACCUGCCGCAAUCCUAUGUUAGCACUGUAUGCGAAUUGAACACUAUAAUGGGGGAAGAUGAUAAUCGCCCUAUACACUUCCCAGACAGCUAUUUUGCCGACUUCUUCUAUAACGAGACGUCAUAUUUAGAGCAAUAUCCAGUGUUGAAUAUACCCAAUACUACCGACCACACAACAAUUUCUAGGAAAGAUAUUUGGGAACAAAACAUACAAUCUCGGAGAGGCCGAAUAAUAUGGGUUGACGGGGGUGUAGAAGUGGCUUCCCCCAUCCCUGGAACCACACCAGCUGCCAUAGUUGUUCAUCCUGAACCUUGCAGGUCUGUAAACGGCUCUGCGUUUCUCUCAGUUUCGGCAUGUGUCCUUGGAGCACGAUGGACAAACACGACUGUGAAAUAUACCAGGACUAAACAAUAUGACGAGAAAGCCAAAUUGGAAAAUGAACUCACGCCUGACUCUCUCGUUUUUACCCCUGACUGGAGGGACACAUCACAAUUGAUAAAUAUGCCCGCAGAAUGGACUAAUACGACAGUCGGGGUGACGCGCAUAUUCAACCUCACACGGGAGACGGAUAGGCUAUACCAUUCACCCUCGAUCGAACCCAUUCGUAUCGAGAAUGCAGCCGACAAGUUGUUGAAGUCCCUGCCCAUGACGGAUAUUAUCUGCCCUGUGAACGGCACUUACAGUGGUAACCACCGCCCCGUGAUGCAUGAAGCUGUCUUAUCGACGUUGGUUGCAAAUGCUAUAUCAUAUCAUCACUGUAUUGUCGAGCCCAGUUUUCUUUGGAGUUCAGGUUGGAGACCGGCCAUAAAUGACCGCGAUAGCUCGAUACCAAUCGAUCCACCGAAGAAGACUUUUACCUUCCGUUACGUCACAAGUGGAUAUGCAUGGACAAUGCACGGGACGUCUAUCAAAUUAUCAAUUGCCAUUCUUGGUUUAUACUGCAUUUUUGGACUCACGUACGGGGCAUAUUCGCUGAUAUCAAAACGAAGCUCGCUUGCAUGGGCUUCCAUCUCCGGCCUUGUUACAUUGGCAAUGAACUCAACGCCAACUAAAAGCUUGAAAAAUACAGGAGCUGGAGUUGGUACCACUGACAUAUUUAGGAGGCUUAUCAAUGUCAAGGAACGAGGGAGCAGCAGAAAAAUUGAAUUAGUUUUUGAAAAAGAUGUAAAGGAGGACCAGUCGCGCGAUAAUAUUGAAUACCGGAAUAUUAUAGCAGGGAGAGCAUACUCAUAG